CUUUCCUCUGAUGCAGAAAAUCUAGCGCUUCCAGUGGGGAAAGAAGGUCGGAGAGAAGAUGUGGUAACACGAUGCCUGGUUGAGGUCCUGUCCAAAGCUCUCUCCACACCGGACUCUCAGCUGGAUCAGGAAUGCAGGGACAUUCUCCAAGCAGGGGUUAAACAUGUCCCUCUGGACAAGAAGAGUGGGGACGGGAUAGUAACUCAUGAGGAGGUGGUCGAAGUUCAGCCCAAGGAUACAAAGACAAAGGCAGCCGAUGUGAAAGACAUCGAGGCACUCCUGAAAUCCGUAGAGGAGAAGAAGGAAAACCCAGAGGACGAGCGCAGCCAAGAGUCCUGGAGUCUGGGUGACGAAAAGGAAAAGAGACAUGAGAACGCAGAAGAAGAAGUAGUGCGGGAGAAGAGAAGCAAAUGGAAGUCUGGGAGAUACCACCAAAAGAAUUACAAACGAGAUGAGGAGCCUUUAGGAGACGAGAGGGACGAGCCAGAGGAAGAACGUAGCCAAGAGUCCUGGGAUGUAGACAAAAGGCAUGGGAACGAAGUGGAGGACGAAAGAAUCAAACGCAUAUGGAAACCAACACACCGCUACCACCACAAGAUAAAACUUCACAAACGUGGUGAUGAAGAGGGAGACGAAGAGCGCAGCCAAGAAGAUUGGGGUCUUGACAAUGAGAGAGACAAGAGGAACUGGAGGCCUGGCAGGUACCACCAGAGGAGAACCAAACGUGAUGAAGAACUUUCAGAAGGAGCCAGGGAAGAACCAGAUGAAGAACGCAGCCAGGAGAGCUGGGACUUUGACUCUGGAAGAGAAAAGAGGAAAUGGAGGCCUGGCAGGUACCAACAGACGAGAAGCAAACGUGAUGAAGAGCUCUCAGAAGGAGCCAGGGAAGAACCAGAUGAAGACCGCAGCCAGGAGAGCUGGGACUUUGACACAGGAAGAGAAAAGAGGAAAUGGAGACCUGGCAGGUACCAACAGACGAGAAGCAAACGUGAUGAAGAGCUCUCAGAAGGAGCCAGGGAAGAACCAGAUGAAGACCGCAGCCAGGAGAGCUGGGACUUUGAUACAGGAAGAGAAAAGAGGAAAUGGAGGCCUGGCAGGUACCAACAGACGAGAAGCAAACGUGAUGAAGAGCUCUCAGAGGGAGCCAGGGAAGAACCAGAUGAAGAACGCAGCCAGGAGAACUGGGACUUUGACACAGGAAGAGAAAAGAGGAAAUGGAGACCUGGCAGGUACCAACAGACGAGAAGCAAACGUGAUGAAGAACUUUCAGAAGGAGCAAUGGAAGAACCAGAUGAAGAACGCAGCCAGGAGAACUGGGACUUUGAUACAGGAAGAGAAAAGAGGAAAUGGAGGCCUGGCAGGUACCAACAGACGAGAAGCAAACGUGAUGAAGAGCUCUCAGAGGGAGUCAGGGAAGAACCAGAUGAAGAACGCAGCCAGGAGAGCUGGGACUUUGACACAGGAAGAGAAAAGAGGAAAUGGAGGCCUGGCAGGUACCAACAGACGAGAAGCAAACGUGAUGAAGAACUUUCAGAAGGAGCCAGGGAAGAACCAGAUGAAGAACGCAGCCAGGAGAGCUGGGACUUUGACACAGGAAGAGAAAAGAGGAAAUGGAGACCUGGCAGGUACCAACAGACGAGAAGCAAACGUGAUGAAGAGCUCUCAGAAGGAGCAAGGGAAGAACCAGAUGAAGAUCGCAGCCAGGAGAGCUGGGACUUUGACUCUGGAAGAGAGAAGAGGAGCUGGAGACCUGGCAGGUACCACCAGAGGAGAACCAAACGUGAUGAAGAGCUCUCAGAGGACAGGCGAGACGAGGACAACGGAGAACAAGAGGGAGAGGUGGAAAAGCGCAUUUGGAAGCCGACACACCGCUACCACCACAAAAAGAAACUUCACAAACGUGGUGGAGACUCAUCAGAGGACAAGGAGGAACAGAGGGGUGUUUCAGAGGAGGUUGCAAAGGACAGGGACGAAGCCCUGAGACUGCGGCUGCUUUUCAGGUAUCUGGCAGAGAAGCGUAAUCCGUGGAUUUACAGAGGGUUCUACCAUCCGGCCUUUAAACGGGUUUCAGAUGAACACGCAGCAACUAAGAUGGACGACCUGGCCAAGUUGCUGAGCUACAAGAUAAACCAGCUGCCCGGCCAUUCUAAUCAGGAGGUUGCAAAGAGAAGCACGCACCAGAGAGCCCUCACUCCGCAGGAGGAUAAAGAUCUGGAAAACCUAGCAGCCAUGGACGUGGAGUUCCAGAAAAUCGCCACCAAGCUGAAUGAGAACGGUGCAUAA